UGGCUCUACAGAGGUUCCGCUUGGCAGUGCCGGAAAUAGCAUUCCGGUCACUAUAGCAACGAGUUGCCAAUGAAAACCAGAGUAGCCGCUAUUGGGCGGUGGCAAAAGAGCGUCGAGAACCCCUCAAAAUACAGAUUCUAUGGACUGGAAGAAUGAAACUGAUGGAACUGACCUCUUUAGUCGUGUUGCCAGGUUGAUGGAUUAUGUGGACCAAGAGGAAGAUAAUUACAAUUCUGAGCAGGACUUGCAAGAAAAACUGCAAGCACUUAAGAUUAGGAAUGGCCUCUAUUUACAGGAGUUAAACAGUAUUUAUCAGGCUUAUUCGAAGCCUUCACAGACCAGUAAAGACUUUGCACUGGAAGAACUAUUUGCAAAUAAUGAAACUUGUAAUCGUGUGCCUAAACCGCUCAAAGCAUUUGAUGAUGUAGAGCAGAAAGUCCGAAAAUCUAAAGGAGCUACAAAAGAUAAUGACUUUGAAGUCACAGUACCUAGGCCUUUCCAGAUGACUCUGCGAGAAGCAGACAGGAAGGACAAACUCAAGUUGAAUGGCUUUUUAGGCACUGUGGAUACCACCAUAGAUGCUGAGAGUCUGGAAGAUCAAGAAUGCCUGAAACAGUUCCGCGCUCAACCAGUUCCAAGUAAGGUUUUUAUGCCUUUGUAUGAUGAAUUGAUGGAAGAACAUGAGGCCAAGAAAAAAGCCCACAUCCUAAAAAGAAAAGAAUUCCUGUUAGCCACACAAAAGCCAUUUAGUUUUCUUGCAAAGGAAGAAGAAAGAAAGAAGAAAACAAUAUCAAGGUCUGAGACAGCACCUCCAGGAAAGCAACAACAGCGACGCACCAAUAGUGAUUCUUACAGAACUAUCCUGGAUCCAGCACUCAGUGACAAACUAAGAGAGGCAGAAUUGUUGAGAAAAAUUAACAGUCAAAUUAGAGCCAAAGUUAUGCUUGAGAAUUCAGCAGCUCCUAUCCCUUUGAACAGCAGAGAAAGAGACCCACAAACAAGUACUUUGCUAAAAACAAAACAAGAGCAUCUGAGUUACUUGCAGCAGAAUCUUACAUUCCAACCUCACAUAAAGACAGCAGUACCGGACUUCCAAAAACUCUAUAAAAUGUUCCAAAAAGAAUCGCUGAUGAAUCAAAAAGUGAAAGAACCCACCCGGAAUAAGCCAUUUACCUUGCACACAUCAAGACGGUCUGAGCAGAGGAAACCGAAGCAAACAAACAAGGAAGCUUCAUCUGAUUUGAAGACACCAAGCAGAAGCAUUUCUAGUGUGGACCUAUCAAGCCUGUCCCCAAAUACACUUCCUGUAUACAUAACAGACAGCACCAACCGGAGAAAAUCAGCUAUUAGGUCUUCAUUAGAAGAAAAACACUAUGAAGAUACUGAGAGGGCUGAAUGGUCAAAGAAGCAGAAGAAGAAGAGUCAAGUUAUGCAGCGAUCCCUCUCCCGACGAGCAAAGGCCCUUGAUCCUCACCUGUCACUUGCAGAUACAAUCAAGGAUAAGCUGAAUUACAAUCGCCAAUCUGAUCGGAGGAGAGCAAAAGAAUACACGGAGGAGCUGGAACAAAUGAAAAAAAGAGUAAAAGAAAGGCCAUACCUAUUUGAACAUGUCUCAAAGAGAAAUGCAGUGAACGAGGUAGAGCAGAAAUUUAAAUCCACAAUGCAAGAGGCUGGUAUAACAGAGGAGUUUUUGCAACACAAAGGAGGAGUCCACGAAAAUGCAAUUGAAAAGGAAUCCAUCCAAGAAAAAACCUGGGAGGAACACUCACACGAUCUCUAAUAGAACUGCUGACUGCAGAGCUUGAUUGUAUAAAACAUUCAAGAGAACAAUGAGAUUCAAUAAGAAAUGGUUUGUUGUUGAGGAAUUCAUAGCUGUGAAUUUAUGUAAUUAGAAAUGAGUUGGUUAACUACAUGAUGCUGACACAAAUAAUAAAGCAUAAGGUUGUUCUAAA